AUGGCUUCAACCAAAUCAACGAAAACAAAUGUCUUUACUUUACGAUGUGACAACCAUCCCGAUGCUGAUCUUGUAGAAGAUUAUCACGCUGGGGAUGUCAUCUGCACGGAAUGUGGGCUGGUUGUUGGAGACAGGAUAAUUGACGUUGGAUCUGAAUGGCGGUCAUUCUGUAAUGAUAAUGACCGCAAAGAUAACUCAAGAGUCGGUGCAGCUGAGAAUGAACUGUUCGAGGGAUCCAACAUUUCAACGUGCAUCACCAUGGGGUCGGGUUCUUCCAACAUCAAUGAAGAUGGUAAACCCAUUUACAAAAACAGAAGAACUAUGAGCAGUGGUGAUCGGGUCCUGACGAUCGCCUUCAAAGAGAUAACUCAGAUGGCCGAGAGGUUGAAUAUCCCUUAUGCGAUUGCUGAACGAGCAAAAACAAUCUUCAGACAAGUUCAAGACUCUAAAUCUUUGAAGGGCAGGAGUAAUGACACCAUAUCAAGUGCGUGUAUGUACAUUGCCUGCAGACAAGAGGGAGUACCAAGAACUUUCAAAGAACUGUGUGCUGUCUCAAAAGCAUCUAAGAGAGAUAUUGGACGAACGUUCAAAUUGAUUGUCAGGAUUAUCGACACAAGUGUGGAUGUGGUCUCAACCGGGGACUUUAUGUCGAGAUUCUGUACAGUUCUCGGCCUGGCUUCUUUUAUCCAGAAAGCGGCCAUUCACAUAGCUGAUAAGGCUGGCUCACUGAACAUCGUUGCGGGACGUAGUCCAGUAUCCAUCGCAGGGGCAGCAAUAUACAUGGCUUCUCAAGCCUCUGAUGACAAAAAAACAGCUAAUGAAAUUGGAGAAAUAAGUGGGGUUGCAGAAACGACAUUGAAGCAUGUCUACAAACUCAUGUACCCCAGAGCCAAUGAUCUUUUUCCUGAGGACUUCAAAUUUUCAGUGCCUAUCGGUUCAAUGCCAUCAAUGUGA